AUGGUAUCAGCCAGAGCAUCUUCAUCAGCACCACCAAAAGUGAAAUCGACGAAAACUCCAAAAAUCCAUAAAAUCAAAUCAUCAAAAGACAAAGCUCCUCAAGCUAUUUCUCCAGAAGAAGUACCUUCCGAUGUUGAUUCAGACAACAUUGAUGAGCCUAUUCGAAAUCACGACGAGGAAAACGAUGAUGCUUCGUCUUCUUCAAGCUCGAGCGAGGUGGACAGUGAAGAUAAUAUAGAAAAUGUCACUUCGAAGAGAUCACAGGCUAGAGUCGUAGCCAAUGGUAAAGGUGGUAAAAGCUUAAAAAAAUACCAACCUCCUAUAGGGAUGAGUGAAUUGAAGGUUGCAACUACAUUUCAAACUUCACCUUUUGAAUGGAAUUCAUUGGCGAACAAACAAGGUGUUGAGUUGUGGGCAAUCAGAGUACCCAAAGAUUUCAAAGCAUCGCGACUUUCGUCAUUAUCAUUAUCAGUCCCCUCAUCCUCUUCAACUCCUAUCACAGGCAAUUUGAAAACCAAAUCAACGAACUAUACCUUAUCAACAGCUGGAACAUCUUCGCAUUCACAUACGCCCAUUAACGAAGAAGGACGUCAACCAGUCGCUGGUCCAGGUGUGGACGCUGUGGAAAGUAUGAAAAUGGAUGAUGAAAAAUUGAAAGUCGAAGGAGGGGAAGAAAUGGAUGGAUUGAGAUUAAUGGUCCCUCAAAUCACAAAAGGUGGGAAAUUGUUUGUUGCUCCGAAACCAAUAACACGUAAAUUGAUUCUUACACCGUCUAUAUCAACCUCUUCAACACCCAACGAAGAACAAACAUCAAUACCUUCUUUCCUGUCAACCUCAACCUCAACUACCCUUCCUACCUCUGCUCAAGAUCAAGUACCGACAAAACGAAGUCAACCUACACAUUUACUCAAAUUCAGGAAUUUCACUUAUGGAUUCUCUACUCCAGGUCCUGAAACAACAAUCUCCCAUGGUAUGGAUAUUGACGGUGACGAUAAUAACGAUCGUGAUAUCGCCGAACCAAAUUCAGACGUCAAAGUGAAUACUGCGCUUCUCGAAUCAGCUACUAAAGAAAAGAAAGAUAAAAAGGAGAAGAAACGAAAAGGUGAAAGUACAGAUUCACCUAAAAAGAAAAGUAAGAAAUCGAAAGACUAA